CUCCUCCUCUCCUCCUCUCCUCUCUGCCACGCUCCGCGCAGCCGAGGCGCCGCGCAGAGGAGCGAUCCGCGCGGUGUGGAGCGGACGAUCCGUGCGUCCGAGAACAACUUGUGCGGACGGGACGCGGACAACAACAAGGGUCAGGGAUUAACAGUCGCAACGGGAGGAUCACCUGCUGUCAUUCAGAGCCGGAAGCUACUGUACACCAUCUGUGGAAGUGGGAGACAGGGGACGGUCUGAGGAGUGGAGCCCAUAUUGCGCUGGAUGAGAGCCAGCUGUGUCAGGGGGGCGUCGUCUCAGCGGCAGACAUACAUCGAUCCAUCUCAGAGGAAAGCCAACCGGUCCAGUGGCUAAUCACACAGAUGGAUCUCCUGUCUGACAUCCGUCAUAUGCAGUGAGACCGCUACUGGAUCAGUUCCUGUCACCGAGUUCUGCAGUGGGAGAAGUUACACUCAGAAUGUGGGUGGAGUUAGCUAUGAUACCAUGGGCAUAUGCUGUCAAAAGGAGCUGAACAUAUUCCUGAGAGAUGCGAUGGGACACAGUGAAACUGAAGUCAUGAUAAGAAGUCUCUGCAGUGCUCCUUUUCAAUCACAGCACCAACAGUAGACAAUAGAGGAGUCCAUUAUCUAUAAUUAAUGUCAACUGUGUUGCGGAGGCAGCCUCAAGCUGCGCCGCCAGAUCUAGGACAACCCAUGGAGGCGCGGCCUCAACGUUUCUGCCGCCACUGGUAAAGUCAGCCAAGUGACCAGCGAUGCCUUCAAAGGUCUCCUGCUUAUACUUGCUGACAGUGGUUUGCUGGGCCAGCGCUCUGUGGUACCUGAGUGUGUCCCGCCCCUCCAACUCCUAUGUGGGCCAGCUGACGAUCCCUAUCCGUAAGGUCCCCAAGGUGCACAAGAAUGCCACCUUUAGCAACAUCCGCACACGCUCACUCAAUCCUCACGACUUUGGCUACCUCAUCAACGAGGCUAAGAAAUGCGAGGCGGAGCCCCCCUUCCUGGUUAUCCUGAUCAGCACCACCCACAAGGAGUUUGACGCUCGUCAGGCCAUCAGAGAGACAUGGGGGGAUGAGAGUACGUUUUCAGACGUUCGCGUGGUCACAUUGUUUUUGUUGGGCCGCAGCACAGACCCUGUCCUCAACCAGAUGGUGGAGCAGGAAAGCCAGAUCUUUCAUGACAUUGUGGUUGAAGAUUUUAUUGACUCCUACCACAACCUGACACUAAAGACACUGAUGGGCAUGCGCUGGGUGGCCACCUUCUGCUCUAAGGCUCAAUAUGUCCUAAAGACAGACAGUGACAUCUUCGUCAACAUGGAGAACCUCAUCUACAGCCUCCUGAAGCCCACCACCAAACCCAGGAGGAGGUAUUUCACCGGCUAUGUCAUCAAUGGCGGGCCAAUCAGGGACAUGCGCAGCAAAUGGUACAUGCCUAGAGAUCUGUACCCAGAAAGCAAGUACCCGCCCUUCUGCUCUGGCACCGGCUACGUCUUCUCAGCAGACGUAGCCGAGCUCAUUUACAAGACCUCCUUACACACCAGGCUGCUGCACCUGGAGGACGUGUACGUUGGUGUGUGCCUCCGUAAGCUAGGCAUCCACCCUUUCCAAAACAGCGGCUUCAACCACUGGAAGAUGGCCUACAGCCUUUGCCGCUACCGCCGAGUCGUCACAGUCCACCAGAUCUCCCCUGAGGAAAUGCAUCGGAUUUGGAAUGACAUGACCAGCAAGAAACACCUUAAAUGUUAGCAGGACUGUUAGGAGCAGCAGGAGAGUCAUGAGGAAUGAAUGUCCUCUUAUUGCCGGCUUGCCUGUCACAGGCAUCUGCAAAUACUGUACAGCACGUAGCACUGAGCUGAAGGAACAGUAUUGACAAACUAUCCAGGGGUUUGUCCAGGCACUGAUUGGUUUGCCUGGAGCCUCUUUAGUGCAAGGCCAAAGCAAACACCUCUGUAAUUCCUUGUCCUCUAUCACUCCAAGGUGUUCAUGAGUGCUGCAGCUCUCACAGACUCACAAAUUAGGCACAAAGUUGGAUUUUCAACCAAUUUGUUAAACGUUCUGGUGGUUGGCAGUCAUCACCAGCAGCACCAGGCAUAUUUUUACAGAUAGUUACAAGACAGGAUACAUAAAUGCUCGUGUUAAACCAUACUUUUAUACAAGAGACAAACCUUCCCUAAUUAAUAAAACUGCAAAUUAAAUAAAUGCCAACACAGACAUUUGCCCUUUUGGGUUGAUUACAAGCUCUAAUUAUGAAUGUUCCUCAUGUAUUUUCAGUUGUACUUUCUGAACAAGGUUGUUUCUGUUGGAUGUACUGUCUGGCACUGCAGCAGCUGUUGUCAUUGUGAGGACCAUGGUGAGUUUCUAAUUGUUAUGACUCAUUUUAAUAGACUGAAGCCUGUGUGUCAUGUUGCUCUAAUUGUAGGACAGCAGCAAAUUAUGAGUUGUAAUGACUCUAUAAGCUGUAAUAUAUUCUUUUCAGAAUCAGACAUAUUUUCUUACAGCAGAUCCAGAGCAGAUCUUUGUAUUGUGCAUACAAGAAAAUCCUUUUCUGUCUCUCGAAAAAAGAAAGAAAGAAAACAAGCACUGCAACAAGAUAUCAGAUGGUGUGAAGAUUUCAGCUGCUUGCAUUCAAGUGAAUGUUACUUCUGUUAAUGUGUAACGUGCAGUUAUUUGUCUCAGGCAGUGCUGUGAGCAGGCUGCAGACUAUUAUAUUUUCUAUUACUUGAACCUUAAAAGAACAGAUGUGCUGUAAGAGCAGUAGUGAAAGAGUGUACUAGAGGCAAAUAUUACAUUUUUGAGUGCUUUUUUCUUUUCAAUUAAUUGAGAUUAAAUAAAGCGCUUUUAUAACAUUUGA